CGAUCGAUCGACGAUCGUCAGUAGCCAUCCAAUCGUUCCCUCUUUAGCAUCCCGCUGUUCUGUUCAACGAUUGCACAUAUACUCAGUUCCCGGUAAUGGCCCCAUGCGCUCAACGGUAUUUGUUGUUGUUGCUACUACUGAUAAGCAUAUGCGUCUGUCCCAACGAGAGCAGGAAAUCCGCACAACCGCGUCCGGUGGCGCGCUUCUCAGAUCGCACCGAACCAGUACCAACGCUGGAUGAUCAAUUUGAUUGGCAGCUAAUAAAGCAUAUUCUUCGUCAAGAAAAUCGAAAUGUGGCUUUGUCGACUUUUUCUGUCAAAUUUCUCCUCAAUAUGCUGUACGAGGGCACCAGCAUUUACUCAUCUACUCAACAAGAGCUGAAUGCACCUCUGGGACGCAACCCCGACAUCCACGUGACGCCAAGCUGUGUAACGGUGAUGCAAACUCUAGAGAAAUAUGCAGAACAAUUUUUGAUUAGCAGUCGAGUAUUUGCCGAUAGCAUGGUAACAGUAUCACAAAAAUUUGCAACAAUCCUGGAUAUGCAAUACCACGCCCGCAUCGACAGUGUUAACUUCCAAGAAGCGGAUGCCGCUGCCGAAACUAUUAAUAGUUGGAUUUCAAACAGUACCCGAGGGAUGAUACCAAAAUUUGUUACUGCUCAAAAUAUCAGAGACUCCGUCCUCUUACUGGUGAAUGCGGUUUACUUCAAAGGGCUGUGGGUCGAUGUAUUUCUACCAAGUGCCACCAGCGAUCAACAAUUCACCACGGCAUCUGGUCAAACUGUUCAGGUCCCGUUCAUGAAGCAAAUUCAGGACCAUUACUUCGCGGAUUCCAAAGAACUCAAAGCGCAGCUCGUUCGUUUGCCCUAUUCCGACGGAAGAUUUUCAAUGAUUGUUGUGCUGCCCAACGAGCGGAGCAACCUUAACGAAUUGCUAAACGCUGUCACACCAGAAUCGAUCCAUGCUGCGAUCAACAGCAUGGAAGAAACGGAAGUGAGCCUGCAGCUUCCAAGAUUCCGCAUUGAGUAUGAUGCCUCACUCAAGACGGCACUGCAGCAGUUGGGAAUCGAUCGCAUCUUCCAGGACAAUGCCGAGUUGGGUCUGAUAUUCCGAGGGGGGCCGGUUCCAGCCAAGGUGUCCGAUGUGCUGCAGAAAACGGUUCUGGUUGUCGACGAGAAGGGCAGCACGGCAGGUUCUGCUUCAGGGUCAACGCUGGUGUUCACGAUUGCCAGCGAACCGGAGAAAAUCGUUGUCAAUCGUCCAUUCAUGUUCUUCAUUGAGGAGGAGUCAACCGGAACGGUUGUUUUUGCUGGAAAGGUGGAAAACCCAGCGCAGUGAUUGAGCGACCCGACUGUGCAUCGAUGCAGAUUGUUGGAUUAGUUUAUUGACGCCGUUGAUGUUAAACAUAUAACCUAGAUUGAAAAUCUUUGUUGAAGGUUAUUCCAUCCAGUAACGCCUAUGUGAUUUUAAAUUGUUGAUUUGAUAAAACCAAAAUAAAAAAUGACCUAAAUUAACAACCAAUGCAGAGCAGUGGAACAAUAAAGGAGCAAUUAAAAAAAUAAACAAAAAUAUAA